AUGUCAUCGGCUUCAACUGCCGCUUCACAUGCUAAAUAUGGAUUAUCCUCAUCUAUGAGUGGUCUACCAAAUGUUGGAGUACCAAGUAUGAAAAUAUCUGGAUUGACAACAUUGAAUGCAGUUGACGUUAUUUGUCACAAAUUAUCAAAGAGUCCAAGUCAAGAGUCUUUAAGGUCUGUAAAGACUAGAACAAGCAAUUCUUCAUCACUAGAUUCUAGUGGUAAGAUUUGCAUGCCAAAUCCAAACGUGCCUGUACCAAUUAUCAAUACAGACAAUUCCUGCUCGUCAGGUGUGGCGAGCAGUGGAAGUAGUUCAUCAGGAAUUGUCGAAGGUAAGCGUGGUUACAGACCAGAAGAUGCUCUUUUAAGUUUCAAAGAUAGAAUAUCACCAUAUGAAACAACAGAAAUAUUCAACUAUAAUCGUAUUUAUUAUGUUGGAUCUCAAGCUAAAAAACGGGGUGGAUAUACUUCUAGCGUCACUAAUAAUUAUGGAUUUGAUGAUGAAAAUGGAGGUUAUCACCUUGUUCCUCAUGAUCACGUCGCCUAUCGUUAUGAAAUACUUAAAGUUAUUGGUAAGGGAAGUUUUGGACAAGUUGUUAAAGCAUUUGAUCAUAAAUAUUCACAAUAUGUUGCAUUAAAAAUUGUUAGAAAUGAAAGAAGGUUUCAUAAACAAGCCGAUGAAGAAAUAAGAAUUCUUGAAUUUCUUCGUGAUAGAGAUGCUGAUCAUUCAAAUAAUAUUAUUCAUAUGUUGGAUAAUUUUACAUUUCGUAAUCAUCGUUGUAUAACAUUUGAAUUGUUAUACGUUAACUUAUAUGAAUUAAUUAAACAAAAUAAAUUUCAAGGUUUUAGUGUAUCACUUGUAAGGAAAUUCGCAAUCUCAAUUCUUCAAUGCUUAAAAUUAUUAUCAAAACAUGGUCUUAUACAUUGUGAUUUAAAACCUGAAAAUAUAAUGUUAAAAGCUGCUAAACGUUCAGGAAUUAAAGUAAUUGAUUUUGGAUCAUCAUGCUUUGAUAAUCAAAGGGUAUAUACAUACAUUCAAUCACGUUUUUAUCGUGCUCCAGAAGUUAUAUUAGGUACAAAAUAUGGUAAACCAAUUGACAUGUGGAGUUUUGGUUGUAUAUUAGCUGAAUUAUUUACUGGUCAUCCAUUAUUACCAGGAGAAGAUGAAGCUGAUCAAAUUGCUUUAACAAUUGAAUUAUUAGGUAUGCCACCACCAAAUUUACUUGAAGGAGCUAAAAGAACUAAAAAUUUUAUAAAUUCAAAAGGAUUUCCACGAUAUUGUCGAUUAGUUCAAUCACCAACAGGAACAAUAUCAGUAAGACCAGGAGUAUCAAAACGUGGUAAAGCAAGAGGUAUUCCAGGUUCAAAAGGAUUAGCUAAUGCUAUUAGAGAUCCAUCAGAUACAUUAUUUGUUGAUUUUCUAGCAAGAUGCUUAGAAUGGGAUCCUAAUUUAAGAAUUACACCAGAACAAUGUUUAAAACAUCCAUUUAUAACACGAAAAAUUCCAAUGGAAACAAAAGAAUAUUAA